AUGAUCCUGAGAAUCAAUAAAGAAAAAAUUCUCCUCAGUUUGAGAGCCUUCAAAUCUACAAAUUCAAAUACUUAGAACUUGUUAAAAUAAUAAUUAGUUUCAGAACAAUAGAGAAUUGUUUCAAAUGCUGAAGUUGAGCAAAUACAGAAUAUUUAAAAAGAGUCUGAUAAGAAUUAUUAAUAAGAUUCUGUGAUGAAAUUUGAAUUAUAGCAGCAAAUUAACCAUAAGUCGAAUCAUUUAGGAAAUUAAUCUAAUGAAGAGACUAAAAACACACUUCAAUCUAGUAUUAUGCAAUAUGAUCAUUAGAGACUUAAUCCUUCAGAAAGCAGAUAGGCAAUACAUGUGAAUUCACCAUAUGAUAAGAGUCUUGAACUAACUGAGAGUAUCAUACCCCAAAAUGUAGAAUUCAGUAACUUGACUUAGGGAACAGAAGGAUUAUUUAUAAACAAUUAGAAUCAACACUAUGACAGAAGUAAUAGCUUAAAAAAUGCAGAACAAAAUGAGUAAAUGCAAAUAAAUACUAGUCUAAAUUAACCUAAUACACCAACCUAUGAGAUAAACAAAGAGGGGUAUAUACUAGCAUCAAAAUUAAACGAUUAGAAAGGGCUAAACUUAAGCAAAGAAAAAUAUAUUACAGCUUAAGAGUUGUAUAAUAGUAUGGAAAUUAUCUCUACAGACCCUUAAAUUAUGAUUGGUGGAUUGAAAAAGUUGAAUAAAGAUUUCUAAGAUAUUUGCAUUAAAUGCAUAGAAAGCUAGAAUUAGUAUUCACUCAACAGCGAUAAAAAAUAGACAAUAAUAUUCAUCAAUUCUAAUGAUGGAAAUUUAUUCACGGGGUAAAACGAUUUAAUGUUAUAGUCAUAUAACAGCCAAGAUUUUUCUGAUAAUGGCUAACUAUAGAUUCCAUCGGAGCCUAUUUCUAUACUAAUCUACCAAGAACUCAUCUAUUUGGGAUUAAAUAAUGAUUCUGUGGCAAUAUAUGAUCAAAAGGAAUACAAACAAGAGAUGGUGAUAAAAACCGAGUAAAUUCCUCUCAAAAUUUUACCCUACAUUCCUCAAGAUUUAAAAAAUGGUCACAAAAGCACAUAUAUUUUAUUCCUUGAAAAAGAUGGAUAUAUUGAAUUCUAUAAUGUCUAACAAAUGUAAAUUAUUUUCACCUACAAACACACUUGCGGAAUGAGCAUCUAAGAUGCAGUAUAGGUUGUUAAUAAGAAUCAACUAUGCUUAGGGUUUGCUUAGUUAAUUGGUAAUGCAUACAAAGAUGGUAAACUUGGAUUUGUUGAAAUUAACAUUCUAAAUGAUGAUGAUUAUUAAGAAAAAAAUCUCGAACAACUUAUUUAAAUCUAGAAGUAGAAGAUAACAAUCAAGGAAUUGAAAGAGGAAGAUAACUUCAUACAAUAGUCAGUAUUUUGCGUCUAGUAAAUUUCAUUGAAUUGCUUUGUUGUCUGCGUUAUCGAUAAAAAUAUUAAGAUCUUCAAUAGGCUGAAUCCAAAAGCCAUUAAAGACAUAUAAAAUCCUUCAACAAGCAUAAAUUAUAAUGCUCUGAGAAAAAUAGAUGGUUUUGGAGAUAAACUUCCAUAUCUUUUGUUUAGAGAUUCAAGAAGUAUUGGUAUUAUAAACUGCUCAACUCUAGAUGCAUAAACAAUCCUCGAAAAAUCAAAUUAUAGUCGUUGUGGAAAUAUUUAUUGUCUUGAACAAAAGAGAGAGACAGAUGGGAAAUUAAGUAUAUAUACAUUUACCUAUGAUAGAGAACAGAAUAAAAGAGAAUUAUUGCAAUUAACUCUGAAAGCAUUUAAUCAUUAAUGA